AGUUGAGGAUGUAUUGUUUGUUUUUCUGGAGAGGUAUCGAUGACUGACACUUGGAAUCUGUUGUGUUGUAUGGGGUGAAGCUUGUUGUGUGACACGGGAGCUAAAAAACACUGCAGAGGCCAGCGAGGUCCUGGUGACUCAGGGCUUCCAACAAGAAGAAUAAAGAAGCUAUAAACUAAUUGUCCUUACAUAAGGUUUUAUGACAAUUGUCAUCUUUGAAAAUCAAUCAGCUUUAAUAAAUAUAUAGCUGUUUUAAAAGAUUAUCACUAGGAUGUUUUUUGUCCCAGUGUCUAGAAGAUGUUUUCCCUUACCUGCACAAAUUAUCCUUAUCUCUGUCACCUGGUUUUGCAGUUCAGGACAAAUCUCUGCACCCCCUGACCCUCCCAAGUUAGCUUCUUACUUUGGGACAAAAACAAGAUAUGAACAAGUGAAUCCAUAUCUCCUUGAAAAUCCAUUGUUAACAAAGAUAAAGCAAGAUCUCCUGCCAGGCACUUGUACCCCUCUUCAAAUAGUUUCUGUAAUCAGGCAUGGUACUAGAUAUCCUACAUCAAAGCAAAUUAAAAAAAUGAAGAAAAUACAUAGUUUAAUUCUGCAACAAAGUGAUAGUCAAUCUAAGCUGGUUAAGGACCUACAGAAGUGGGACAUGUGGUACGAUGAGUGGAUGGAUGGGCAACUGGUGAAGAAAGGUGAAGAGGAUAUGAAAAACCUUGCCUACCGUUUGGCCUCUGUUUUUCCUUCACUCUUCACUGCAGAAAAGUUUAAGACGUGCAGCAUGAAGUUCAUUACCAGUUCCAAACACAGAUGUGUAGACAGCACAAAAUCUUUUGUCAAUGGUCUUGUACACACUUACUUCGGUAUUCCUAAAACUCCAGAAGGCGAACUGGAAGAUUUACCAUGCAAGGAGGUAUUAGUCAAUGAUACAUUAAUGCGUUUUUUUGAUCACUGUGAGAAAUUUGUGGUCGAGGUUGAAGAUAAUGACACAGCAAUGCAUCAGGUUGACAAGUUCAAGGAAAGCCCAGAAAUGAUGAAAGUUGUACACAAGAUUUCUGCUCGCUUAGGCGUUCCUGAAAGUGAGCUAACAGCAGACUUAAUUCAAGUGGCUUUUUUUACCUGCUCGUUCGAACUGGCCAUUAACAAUGUUCCACAUUCUCCUUGGUGUGAUCUGUUUGAUGAGGAAGAUGCCCUAGUCUUAGAGUAUCUCAACGAUUUGAAACAAUACUGGAAACGAGGUUACGGCUAUGACAUUAACAGCCGAUCCAGCUGUAGCCUGUUUCAGCAUAUCUUCAUGCACCUGGACUACGCCGUGUCAGAAAGCAGAAGGUCCCUGCAGAUCUCCACUCCAGUGGUCAUGCAGUUUGGGCAUGCAGAAACGUUAUUGCCUUUGCUAUCUCUGAUGGGUCUGUUUAAGGAUGAGAAGCCCCUGACAGCUGACAAUUUUGCUACGCAAAGUGAAAGAAGCUACCGCAGUGGACGGAUUGUGCCGUACGCUUCAAACCUGGUGUUUGUGCUUUAUCACUGUGAUUUGGCAAAGACCCCAGAGGAAGAGUACCAAGUACAGCUGAUGCUGAAUGAAAAUCUUCUUCCAUUUCCUCAUUCAUCUGAGCCAGUCUGCACAUACGAGGACCUGAAGAAGCAGUACAGUCACCUUCUUGAGAGUUGUAACAUCAAGGAAGAAUGUGAACUAAUCAAAACCAGUCCGGAUGAGUUGUAAUUGCCUUAAAAAACACAGCAGUGUUCUCCCCCGGAACUAUUUAAUAGCCACAGCACCCGGAUAAAAAUUAAGCCAGUAUUAAGCCAGUAUUAAGCUAAAAUUAGCUAAUAUUAAAUUGUAUUCAAUGUUUGUUACACAAAUUAUCACUAACACAUAUUAUGUUAAAUUAUACAAUUAGUUUUUGCUUUGGAUAGCUUUAAAGUGAUGGUAAACUCUCCCCUUUAUAAAAACAGAUCCGGAAUAUUGGUGAUAUUUUAGACUGACUUUAAUUAAUCAAUUGUAAGAUGCGCUAUAACUUACUUUUUAAUAUAGUUAUGAAAUUUGAAUACCCCACGAUCCAGUGCCCACUUUAAAAGUAAUUUUUUCUGUGAACUAACUGUUUGAAGUGUUGUCCAAUCAGAACUCUCCCCAUAUUGCGCUUUUGAUAUAGCUAGAUCGCUGAUUGGACAACAAUUCAAACUGUUAGCUCACAGAAAAUUUUACUUUUUAAGUGGGUGGCGGAGUGCAGGGACUUUGAAUUUUUUAUCUAUAUUAAAAAGUAACAUAGUGCAUCGUCAUUACAACUGAUGAAAUAAACUCUAUCUAAAAUAUCGCCAACUUUCCGGAUCUGAUUUAAAAAAGGGGAGAGUUUACCAUCACUUUAAGUAAGAUUUAUAAAUAACAGAAAUGUUAUAAUAUUGCACAGUAUUACACUGCCCCCACACAGCGUCUUCAUAAUGCCACCUGGCUGGCGCUGACUUUUCUAUGGAGGAUACUGCACAGUAUACAGCAAUAAUAUUUCUUGUACAUUAGAACCGAAUUUAUAAACAAUGAUGGCUACAGAGUGACAGAUUCAAAACUUAUGAUGGAUACAAAGUGUUAUCACUUUAAUGCACAACUUCAAGUAUCACGAACUGUAAAUGAAUUAACAAAGUUGAACACAUACAGAUUAGCCUUAAAUAAAUUACCCUUGCCAUCAUUUCCAUUUGAGCUUUGCUAAUAUCCUCAGAGGUUUAGGAAGGGACUGCUGUAAUGAGUUAAAACAUUAGUUGGUGAAAAAAAUCAAUUAUUCUCGAGCUUUUAAAUAAGUGGUAAGAUUCAAAUUAUAAAAAUCUUUUUGCAGAUAUGAACAAAAAGCCAAACCAUAAAAUAGUCUCCAUUUAUAAUUAUUUUUUUUUACAGUUUUUACAAUCUACCUCUUAAUGUUUCGUAUUUCUAUUGGCCAAGCCCAGCAGAAACGUAUUGCAGUACGGAACUUACUAAGUAGACCCAGUAUCUGCCUUUUGAGAAUUUUAUAUACAAACAUCAUCACAGAUGAGAUAUGAAUUGCAGAAAUCUAAUUUAUGGUGCAGCAAGAGUGGUUUUCUUUUUUUUUGCCACAAAAAUAUUUUUCAACAGUUGCUUUAAAAAGAAAAAAAAAAAUCUGUGUGUAAGAUAUACAAAUUAAAAAUGUAAUUAAAUAUCAAGUUUUGAUGCAUGAAAACAAUAGCAGUACCUACUUUCCAUCCUCAACCCCCCUUGCUUGCAUAAGUAAUUAUCCUCACAUGCACUCUUUGUUAUAUAGCACAAUGUUUGGACUAGGACACUGAUAAGGGGGGUGGAGCUGGCUACACUUGACAACACUAACGUGUAAGUAAUUUUGCAGAUUUUUGGAAAUUUUAUUAAAAUACUCAUAAGCUUUUUUUUGCACUUUUUUUUUGCACUUUUUGUUUUACACUCUGUUCUACUUUAGUUGACCCUUUUAUAAUAUGCACAUAUUUCAAAAUGUUUUAUGGCACUUUAAGAUCUCAUAUAUUUACCCAAAAAGACUAGAAUUAACCUUACAAGUUGGUUUAAAUUAGAAUAAAAAAAACACAAGUUAAAUUGAGAUAGAAAAUAUAUAUUGUAAACGAGUAACGAUUUAUGUAGCAUCUGAUUAAGAAAGUUUUUGUUAUAUAAGUUAUUGUGCCUAUGAUAUUUGUGAACACCUGUUGUGCUUUAAAAAGUAGAUCUAUAUUCAAAUAUUAAAAUAAUGAAACAUUUAUAGACACAGGGUUUUUGAUACAGUUUUUUUUCCCCUUAGAACUUAAAUAAUGCAGUUGUUUGUACUGAAUUAAUGAUGCACAUAAUGUAUUUAUUAGGACAUUUGCAUUGAUUUGACUUUCUCUGUGUCAAGGUAUUAAAGAUCAUACGUUGUGGACAGAGUUUGUAGCCUCUGUCAUCAUUUUUUAUUUAUAAUCCACAAAUAUACUUUUUGGUACUAUACAUGGGUAUAAUUAAAUCCUCAUGAGAUCAAAAGUCACACAUACUAGACAUUUGCAAAAUGAAUGAUUUGUUGUGCAAAUAAAUAAUAAAGUUA